UAGGCAUUAUGAACUUGGUGCACGAUGCAAGUGUCACAACGUGUACAGUAUGUUUAUUUUUAAAGUAAAAUUGUCUCGAAAAGGAGAGAUGCUUCUGUUUUCUCAUCGAGACUUUUGUCCAGGAAUCCGUUAUACCUGUUCUGUCGUCUUGGUGUUGUCGUCAAUUCUAUGUCGAAAAUAUAGCUGAAAGCUAGCCCGUUCUCGGACUAUAGCCACUGCACAGUGGUAGUUUUAUGUGGCAAGGUAAUUUGGUAACUACGAAACCCGUAGCCUUGGAAUUGUAAAGAUAUUUUCCUUUAUCCAUCACCCCUUUGAAUUUCAAAACCUAUCACUGCUAAGUUAAAAGAACGGUGUAUUUUUUUUCCUGGGAUGUCUACUCCAGCACGAAGGAGACUUAUGAGAGAUUUUAAACGGCUACAGGAAGACCCCCCGGCGGGCGUCAGCGGUGCUCCAUCAGAGAACAACAUUAUGGCGUGGAAUGCCGUCAUAUUUGGGCCCGAGGGCACACCAUUUGAAGAUGGCACAUUCAAGCUGACUGUGGAGUUCACAGAAGAAUACCCCAAUAAGCCUCCAACAGUUCGGUUUGUUUCCAAGAUGUUUCAUCCAAAUGUGUAUGCAGAUGGUAGUAUAUGUCUGGAUAUCCUUCAGAAUCGCUGGAGUCCAACCUACGAUGUGUCAUCCAUCCUCACCUCUAUACAGUCUCUGUUGGAUGAACCAAACCCCAACAGUCCAGCAAACAGCCAGGCAGCACAGCUGUACCAGGAGAACAAGAGGGAGUACGAGAAGAGGGUGUCCGCCAUCGUUGAGCAGAGCUGGAAGGACAGCUGAUUAUGGCUUGCUUCUUAGCACUUAACCUCCAAUAGUCUCCCCCCCCCCCCUUCCUUUUUUUUUUUUUUUUUAAGAUUUUAUGCACUUUACCUUCCUCCCUUAGCACAACCCUCCUGCAUGGUGCAGUCUUUUUCUUUGUUUUUGUCUUGACACAUUUCUGCCAUUUUCAGAGCAGAAUGUCCACCGUUAACUUGGCCUUCAUUUGAGGCCAUUGUACUGUAUAGAUAUCAGUAGUGGCCCCAGCUUACAGUUUUGUUUUAAAUGAUUAUGAUAAUAUGUAGAGGCCUUGUUUGAUUUGAGCUCCUUACUUUGUGUGUCCUAGCUGGGCGGGGCAGCCAUCCAGGGGGUAGAGAGGGCUUGCCGUGCAUUGUGCUUGCCUCCUGUGUGGCGUAAUCCUGCUUUGUGCUUUUGCCUCUCCGGUGCAUCAUCUCCUGUUACUGGUCAAGCUUGCGUGCUCCAAUCCGACCUGUGUGGGAACGUGACUCGACACGUUCUGAGCCCCACUCUCCCCUUCCUCUUUCCUCCGCCGUUCUCUCUCUGCUGUUCAUUCAGUUCUCACAUGUAUAUAGUAAUCUGCUGAAGCUAUGUACAGAUUUUGUACAAGAUGUUCACAUCAUGUUUUCCAGCCUUUGUAAAUAAAGGACAAAACUACCUUAAA